GGCAGUUUCGAAUUAUACUGAAAACCCGAGGAACCGGAUCGGUCUAACGCCAUUUCCUGCUCCUGCUGUCCUGCUCUCUGCUUCGACCUCACCUCCGUCCGGCCCGCCGGGUCUUCCCCAUCAUCCGAGGCGCGGCCGGAGCUGGAGCACCGAAGGUAGAUUCCUCUUGCGGACGCAGGCGGGAGCCCAUGGCGUGGAUCUGGAUGGUCGCGGUGCCCGGAGCCGUGCUCCUGUGGGCGGUUUCUCUGGGGCGGAUCCUCUCCUCCCCCGCGCCCUACUGCCUGCCUGCAAGCGCUCGCUUCCUGCCCCCUCUCCGCGGUGACAGGAGGAGCAGGCACGUGCUCCUGGUCCUCGCCCACCCCGACGACGAGUCCAUGUUUUUCACUCCGACUAUUCUUUUCCUCAAGUCAAAAGGUCACAACGUUCACAUUUUGUGCGUGUCUCUGGGUAAUGCUGAUGGUCUUGGAAAUAUUCGUAAAGAAGAACUCUUCAAAGCCUGUGCUACUCUUAAUAUUCCAGCUGAGCAAGUUAAAGUUUUGGACCAUCAAAAGUUGCAGGAUGGAUUCCACGAGAAAUGGGAUCAUGGACUAUUAGUAGAACUUACCAUGGAGCAGAUCCAACUAUGGGAUAUCGACACGAUCGUGACCUUUGAUUCCUGUGGAGUAUCAGGUCAUCCGAAUCACCGUGAUGUUUAUCAUGGCGUAAGCAAGCUUCUUCAUGAGAACCAGCAAGGAAACAUUGAAGCAUGGGAACUUGUAAGCCUGAACAUUUUCCGCAAAUACAGUGGUCCAGUUGACAUCUGGCUAUCUUCAUUGACCUCCUCAAGCUCGAAGCAACCAACGUAUUGUGUAGUUAACUGUAGCCCAUCCCGAACCUUUGAGGCAAUGGCUGCACACAGAAGUCAGUGGGUUUGGUUCAGGAGAUUGUUCGUGAGGCUCUCAAGUUACACAUACAUAAACAUGCUCCGAAAAAUCUAGCAUUUGAUGCCGUGUCAAAGAAGCAGCGCCAAUGCGUCAGUAUAAAGAAGCUUCUUCUGAAGAACAAGACAACUGUGUUGGGCGUGCUCCCACUGGAUUAGAUGAAAUCAAGGAUACACAGCUUUUAUUGUGGUGACGUACAGCAAUUUAGGAAUUGGUGUUGUAUCUACAUGUUGUAUUAACUUAGUUUGUUGCAUACAGUAGUGCUCAUAGAGUGAUACUGAAACUUGUGAUCCCAAACUGAUGGCUCUUGGCAGAAGUCUUUUGUUUAGUACCUUUCCGUUUCACAGAUGCUUCUGCCACUAAGGCCUCAUGCAUCCAUCUUGUAUUUGCAAUCUUUUUCCAAAAUUUUAUAUUCCAAAAGUGACAAACUCAAAGUUAUGGCGAAAAUAAUUUGGGUUCUUCCAA